AUGGAUUGCGCCAGGCUCCUGCGGCGGUGCCACUCGCUGUCCAUGCCAUUGACAGACGCGCUGGCCGGCAUUCCCGAUGCCGGCGCCGCGGAUGAGCCCUCCCCCUGGCGCAGGCACUCCGGAUUUGCUGGGGGGGAUGCAGGCCACGGGCUGUACUGCCUGGCGCGAGUGGACGAGAGCACGGGCGCGCCGCUGCGCCUGGCGACGGACAAGGAGGCCGAGGAGCUGGGUCGGCUGCUUGAGCUGUCGGGGAACAGCCACUUGCUGACGUGCGAAGCGCCGGGAGGCUGCAGGCUGUCGGGCGCCAGGGGCGGGAGCCUGUGCGGCCGCGGCAGCUGCGGCUGGAGGGGCGGGGGGCCAUGCGACCACUGCGGAGCCACCG